CUGAACUGAACCCAACCCAUCAUGAGCCACAUUCAGAGGUGUGAGAAAGCGAUAAUUCCUUGAAAAGCUAAUUCUUUGGUAGUGGCCAAUAGACGCCAUGGACGACAGUGGCCGCCGCCGUCAACAGUGGAGAAAUCACCCCUCCUCCUCCCUGACCGGCCCAACACGUUCUCGGUCCCAAAAAUUAUCUUCGAAUCCUGCCAAAACCACUCACUCCUCAAACUUUAUUCCACGCUCCACGACGACCACUGGCACUACCCCUGACAAUACCAAAAAUCCCGGCUAUGUCCCUAAGUGGAAAUCCGAAACAAAUGCAAAUAAGCAACAAGAAGUAGAAAAAGAAGCAGGAGAUGAUGUUGGUUCUAUAGUUGGAACUUGCCUUUUCAUGUGCCCUGAGGGGGAGAGGGCUCAGCGGGAACGCCAACGAGAUUUAGCUGUUUUUGAAAGGUUAAAUGGAGAUCCUAGGAAAACAUCUCCUGCUUUAGCUGUCAAAAAGUUUUGCAGAACCAUAUCACUUAAGUAUGUCCAAGCGUCAGAUGUGCGGCCUCUCUCAGUAUUGGAAGACACAUUAAACUACCUUCUAAACUUACUGGACUCUAGUGAACAUCCUUUUGAAGUGGUUCAUGACUUCAUUUUUGAUAGGACUCGGUCAAUAAGGCAGGAUCUUAGCAUGCAGAAUAUUGUCAAUGAUAGAGCAAUUCACAUGUAUGAGAAAAUGGUAAAAUUUCAUGUGGUAUCUCACCACAGGCUUCAAAAUUGUGGCAGUUCAAGUAUGUCAUCAUUGCAAUAUCUCAACAUGGAGCAGCUUACAAAGACUUUGGCAUCUCUGUAUAUUCUGUAUGAAGCUAAUCGCAGCUCCAACUCUAUUUAUGAGAAUGAAGCCGAGUUCCGUUCACUUUAUGUGCUUCUUCACCUCGAUUCUAAGAGACAACAGACGGAAGAGUCACUGUCUUUUUGGUUUUGUCGUGUACCUCCUAUCGUAAUGAAGUCUAAAGAAAUGCAUUUUGCCCGGCAAGUUCUAAGAUUUUACCGGAUGGGAAAUUAUAGGAGCUUUCUCUGUACUGUAUCUGCUGAGGCAUCAUAUCUACAAUACUGCGUUAUUGAGCCUUAUGUGAAUGAGAUUCGAGCACUUGCUGUUUCAUAUAUAAAUAAUUGUUGCUACAAGUUUCACCCAUAUCCUUUGGAACAGUUGUCCAAACUUUUGAUGAUGAAGGAAUCAGAUGCUGAAUCCUUUUGCCAUGCAUGUAGUCUUGAGACAUUGACUGAUGAUGGUGGAAAUAAGUUGUUACCCACCAAGCAAACAACUUUCUCUAUUCCCAAGGGAAGUUUUCAAAGCUACAGCCUUUUGGGAUUACAGCAAUAAGAGAGGCAGAUGGCAGUCUAAGCUUUUCAGAACAAACAUUCUUGCUUGCAGAAGAAUGGUAGAUGGGCUAACUUGGAACUAGUCAUGUAAAUUAUCCUUGUAUGCUCUUGAUGUUACUUUGUUCUUCACUUUCUUUGAAUAAAUGCCUGCAUAUCUGUGUUGUACAUGAUAUUGUAAUUUGUAUGACUAAGUUAUAACAAUCCAAACUCCAAAUGUUCACUAACAUCAGGCAUCAUUUCCCUAAUAUGAAUGCCAGAAUUAUGAUUUAUUUACAUUCAACCACUUGGUGUGGACUUUUUAAGUUGAUUUGAGUUAAUUACAAUUGAAAGAAGUAUUGUUCUUUGUCUGCAAUUGCCAUUUUCCACUAAUUAUAUCAAUGUUUGUAGUUAGUAAAUUACUUUAAUUGUCUAAUAUUUAACUGCAAUUUGCAAAAUAAGGAUAAAAU